CAGAGAGAUGAGCCACGUGCCCGGGCAGGAUCCCAGAUCCGGAAACCUCCCUUAGGUCCCUAAGUGCCCAAUCCCAGCCUGAAAAUGGGCGCCAUGGUCGCAGUGCUGGCCACGGCUUUCGCGGUGCUUCUUUGUACGCCGGUGAUGCUGUACUUUGCGCCGCGCUGGGUGAAGCGGCCGCUGGUGCUGUGGGUGCUGAGGUCCUUCAGCCAGGGCGCGCCACCGGAGGAGCCAGAGCGCAGCGACUACGCAAAAGGCGUGCUUCCCCACGGGCAGCUUGAGGAGUUGGUGGAGGGCAAGGCCUGGGCUUUGUGCGGGUCGCUGCCGCAGCCGGGGCCCUCCUUCGGGCGAAACAUGACGGUGUUCAAGCGAAAAGACGGAAAGCUCAUCGUGCACUCCUGCGUGUGUCUGGCGUCGGAGACCAAGGCGCGGCUGGACGCCCGAGGGCCAGUGGGUGUCAUCGUGGUGCCCAACUCCUUCCACCGCCUCGACGCGCCGAGGUACAAGGCCGCCUACCCAGAGGCACGUGUGGUGUGCCCGUCUUCGGCCCGCGCCAAAGUGGAGGAGUGGUGCCCCGUAGACGCAACGUGCGAAGAGGAGUUCGCGCAGUGUGAGGAAGUGGAGGUUUUGACCCCGCCGAACUCGGUUGACGGCGAGCUCACGUACAUCAUGGGCGGCUCUUUGGUGGUUUGCUGCGACCUCUUCUUCAACAUCGACCCUUGCAAGGCAGAUGCCUUCCAACGCUUUUUCGGCAUCGCCAACGGCUUUGGCGUAUCCGGCAUGGGCAAGGUGGUCCACCCGGACCUCCCGCUUUUGCGCCGCUGGGUGCAGACCGCCCUCCUGGACCGUGCGGCGAACUUCGAAGCCGUGGUGGUGGGUCACGGAGACCUCGUCAAGGGCUCUUCCGCCGUGAGGGCGGCGCUCCAAAAGACCGUGGACAGCCUCGUCUGACUUUCUCACCCUUCAGCUGUCAGACGGAACGAUUCCCCUGAAAAGGAACGAGGUUCCCUAAGCACUUCCUGGAGAAGAGGGUGUCUGAGGGCCAGCGACACUUGUGGAC